CAUUCAUUGCUAUAUGUCAAAACACAACUUGAUGAUUAUUAUACUGGUUCAAAGGCAAAAUCUAAAAAAAGAGGAAGGAAACAGUUGAAAACUCAUAAAAAUCGUAAUUAAAGUAAUGUAUUUAUAUGAAUUGUUUUUAAUUCGGCCAGAUUUACGACAUGAAGAAACCAUAGUGCAGACAGCAAACUGUUUUGAAUACUUGAGCAAUGUAGUGAAUGAAGUGUUUGAUAAAAUUGAUGCUCGUAUCGAGCGAAACAAUGAAAAAAUUCGUUCAUUGAAUGAUCGCACGGCUGCCGUAAAGAAUAAAAUCGACAGUCUAGUUGGUAUAAAUAAAGCGAUUACAAUAUUUUCACCAGCAAAAUAUCCCGGUUCAACUGUGUCCGAAGACUUUGAGGCAACAUUUUCACCAUUGAAUCGUAAACCAAUUGAAAUGAUCAUCGAUUAUAAAAUCCAAAGUAAACCGGAUACGAUUGCAAAUCGAUUAAUCGAUGACAAAUUGGUAUUUUAUCAUGUGCGAAAACCGCCAAAGAAAAAUCCCACCACAAAAUCGCUACCAAUGGGACCACGACCAUUUCCACAUUAUACGGAAUCAAUUAAUGAUCUAUUGUUGUUUAACGAACCGAAAAUAAUGUUUGGCAGAAGUAGCAUGAUAACAUCAACAUCGAAACCACGAACAACACCCAGGUCGGACAUCAAAAGUCCAGAGAGACCAAGCUCAAAAAUUGAUAACAUUCCAUUGCCAGUGCUGAAUCGAAAUCUGAGCACGAAAAAAAUGAACGAAUUAUUUUAUUCACCGCAUAUCACGAAUGCACCUGAAUUGGAUGUGCCACAAUUUCUGCCUGAUUUACCUGGUAUUGCUGGUGAUAUUGAAUUUAAUAUAAGUAAUAUUGAUGACUUGCUCAUUGUACCCACACAAUCGAUGAAAAUUGAUGUACCUAAUUUGCCGCCAGUGCCUUCUCCAGAUGUUCCACAAACAAAUCUUAUUCCAACACAAGACUAUUCCGCGUUGCCACCAAUCCCAAUACAAAAUGUUAACGUAAAAGCAAUGGAUAAAACCAAGGAUGAAUCUCAAUCGAUGGAAAAGCCAAGCAUCACUACAACUGUUGCAACUCCUCCACCUCCACCGCCUCCGCCUACUUCAACACUGCCACCACCACCACCUCCACCUCCACCUCCACCUCCAUCAGUCAAUUUAAGCGAACCUAGUAAAACAGAAGUCAAAAAGGAAAUAAUCAAAAGUGAACCACUACCAAAGCCAAGAUUUGAAGAAGAAAAUCCACACAGUACUCUUAUGUCAGCCAUUAGACAGGCGGGUGGUCUUGGAAAGGCAAAGCUAAGAGCAACUUCAUUGAGAGUAGAGAAACCGAAACCGGCUGCCGCUGCUGCUGCUGCUGCUGCUGCUUCACCAUCCGGCGAUUUAAUGGCAGAUCUUCACAAAAAGUUGGCAAUGCGUCGCAAAGGAAUAUCUGGUGCCAAAGAAAAUGAGAAACAAUCAAAUAAUCCGGCUGCCACAUCGAAAACACCCUCAAGUUCGAAUUUAAUGGAUAGCAUAUCGUCAAUGAUACCAGCGCCACCAAAACUAGACGCAUCGAAUACAGAUCGCAGUGAUGAUGAUUCUGAAUGGGAAUAGAUCAUUACCAAAAUUGAGACUUAUAGUUUAAUGUCAUCUCAUUUUGGUUCAAAUAAAAAAGUUUCCAUCAAAUUGUUAAAUAUAUAUAGAAAAUUUUAUUAUUGGAAAUGAAA